UGUGCGUACGUCAGCUGUCAAAACGAAUCACAAAAUUUUCACGGCUUGCUUCAGUUUUUCUUAUUGGAAGUUUUUCACGUUUUAAUUACCUUAAAGCUGGAAAUUAAUUAACUAACAUAUGGUUUACCUUUAUACUGAUCUAAGUGCAUAAAUGUAGUCUGUGUGUAAUACAAGCGGAAAAAACACCAGCCAAACAACAGUCAACAGAAAUCCAGUGUGAUUUACAAAACAACAACAAGAAUCAUGUCAUUUGUGGGCGGGGGCGGUGGGCAAGAUGUGCACAAAUUUGUCGAGGCUCUGCAAGCAGAUUUCAAGACCCUUUCGCUGGAGACGAAAAAGAAAUAUCCUCAGAUAAAAGAGGCAUGCGAGGAGGCAAUUUCCAAGCUGGCUACGGCCGGUAGCAGCCAACAGAAUUCGGUCUAUUACACCGUCAAUCAGAUACUCUAUCCCUUGGUGCAGGGUUGCGAGACCAAGGAUUUGAAAAUUAUCAAGUUCUGCCUGGGUAUGAUGCAAAGGCUGAUAACCCAACAAGUUGUAGAUCAAAAGGGUGCCCUUUAUAUAACCAAUGCUCUGUGGACAUUGAUGGAACAUAAUAUCGAAGAGGUUAAGGUAUUGCAAACAGUAACCCUUCUCCUGACCACCAACACAGUGGUUCAUGGUGAUACCUUAGCCAAGGCAUUGGUUCUCUGUUUUCGCUUGCAUUAUACCAAAAACCCAACAAUUGUAAAUACAGCAGGAGCAACCAUUAGGCAAUUGGUAUCUUUGGUAUUUGAGCGUGUCUAUUUGGAGAAAGAUUCAGUACAGCCCAACACCCUGCAACAGCAAUCGAAUAAUGUCGCCGGCACUGGCACAACCGGACAAACCCCCGAGGCUGAUGCCCAAUCCGAUAGCCAGACUUUUGCUUCGGAUGCCUUUUUGCUCUUUCAAGAUUUAGUCCAAUUGGUCAAUGCUGAACAGCCUUAUUGGCUAGUGGGCAUGACCGAAAUGACUCGCACCUUUGGGCUAGAAUUACUUGAGGCUGUGCUGACCAACUUCAGUGCUGUAUUCCAUGAGAGCAAUGAUUUUCGUUUGCUUCUCAAAGAGCGGGUCUGCGCCCUGGUCAUUAAACUCUUCUCGCCCAACGUCAAACAUCGCCAGCUGCCAUCUAACAAUCAAAGUGGAGGCGGGUCUGCUAGUGGAGGAGCAUCGGUGCCAUUGGAGAAACCAUAUUUUCCAAUUAGCAUGCGUCUAUUGAGGCUAGUGGCCAUUCUUAUACAAAAAUAUCACACUAUAUUGGUCACGGAAUGUGAAAUUUUCUUGUCGCUGAUCAUUAAAUUUUUGGAUCCCGAUAAACCCAAUUGGCAGCGGGCUUUGGCCUUGGAGGUUAUCCAUAAAUUAGUGACACGAUCCUCAUUGAUUGCCUUCUUCUGUCAGUCUUAUGAUCUGAAGAAUCAUGCCACAAAUAUCGUUCAUGACAUGAUAGCAGCCAUGGGAAGUUAUGUGCGUUAUAGCCUAUUCAAUGCCUCCGCCAUGAUGAAUGGUGGUCAACAAAAUGGUGGAAGUGUUGGCAGUGGCAGUGGUGGAGGCGGCAGUGCCAGUUCCAGUCAGUCGAGUGGUUUGUCUUCAUUGACAAGCAACAAUCAAUGUGGCUUUAUGUUCCGUGGUGCCUAUUUGCCACUGGUGGCAACAUUUGCUCCAGGAUUACCCAAAGCGGUUUAUCUGGAAAUGCUGGAUAAAUUGGAUGCGCCUCAUAUUCCCGACAGCUAUGGAAUUUCAGUCGGUCAUGCCAUACUCUUGGACAUUACCCGCUCCAUUGGUGGUGUUAUACAGCGUACACCGGAAUUGCAUCCAAGUCACAAUAUGGCCAUUAUUAGCGAGGAGGAGCACAAACCAUUGUGCUUGCAAUUGAUUAAUUCAAGCUGGUCUGGUCUAUUGAGCGCUUUUAUACCAUUGGUGGAGACUUCAAUUGAUGAAUCGACCACGGAUAAUAUUUUGAAAGCUAUGCAGAAUUAUGCCGCAUUAUGCGGCAUGUUGGAGCAAUUACAACCCAGGGAUGCCUUCAUUAAGGCCAUGUGUAGAUCAUCCUUUCCGCCACACUAUGCUAUGUCCAUAUUUGCCAAUAUCAACCAAACUGAUGGCGAUGCUAGAUGCCACCAACGAAAUGGCAGUCAGGAUUUGAGUAGUCAAUUUAUUAACAGUUGUAAUGCUGCUGAUAUUGGUGAUUUUCGUCCACAAAUUGUGGCCGUUGGCACUCCUCUACCUUCUGCAUCCUUGCCCCAUAGUGUUAUGCAAGCUCCCGUAAUGUUGACCACCAAAAAUCUCCAGUGUAUGCGUGCCAUACUCUUUUUGGCCCACAAUAAUGGCGGCAUUUUGGGUUCAUCAUGGCACAUUGUCCUCCAAACGCUACAGCAUUUGGUUUGGAUAUUGGGUCUCAAACCCUCAACUGGCGGCAGUCUGCAGGCCAUGCCCAAACCAGCGGUGGAAGCAAAUGUUGGCAUACAAACAGCUGUCAUGGCUGAUCUUCCAGUGCUGUCGCAAAUGUUGAGUCAACUCUUCGAAUCCAGUCAAUACUUAGAUGAUGUGGCCCUUCAUCAUCUUAUUGAUGCCUUGUGCAAGCUCUCCCAUGAGGCCAUGGAGCUGGCCUAUGCCAAUCGAGAACCAUCUUUAUUUGCUGUGGCCAAAUUAUUGGAAACGGGUCUGGUCAACAUGUCACGCAUUGAAGUACUCUGGCGACCUCUAACCAAUCAUUUGCUGGAAGUUUGCCAACAUCGUCAUAUCCGCAUGAGAGAAUGGGGAGUGGAGGCCAUAACCUAUUUGGUGAAAUCCGCUUUACAAUUCAAGCACAAGCAGCCAUUGAAAGAGAACAUGGAAUUACAAACGAUGCUAUUGAGUCCACUCUCCGAGCUCUCGACUGUGAUGCAUGCAGAUGUCAGGCAAAGGCAAUUGGAUUGUGUGCUCCAGAUCUUGAAUACAGCUGGUGAAAUUCUAUCGUUUGGCUGGCCAGCCAUCAUAGAAAUCAUUGGUGCUGUCAAUGAGCAUCAUGGCGAGCCAUUGAUACGCACUGCCUUCCAAUGCCUGCAAUUGGUAAUUACCGAUUUCCUAACUGUAAUGCCUUGGCGAUGUCUGCCGCUCUGCAUUAGCACAGCCGCCAAAUUUGGAUCUCAGACGCAAGAGCUAAAUAUUUCCUUGACGGCCAUAGGAUUGAUGUGGAACAUUUCGGAUUUCUUCAAUCAAAAUCAGGACAAACUUAUGUCGACUCAAUUGCAAGAUGUUGCCAUUUUACCCGAUUUCCCCGGUACAGUCAAAAUGCCGCAAUUCGAUAAAUUAUGGAUGUGUCUGUAUGCUAAAUUGGGUGAACUUUGUGUGGAUUUGCGUCCAGCAGUUCGUAAAUCUGCUGGUCAAACUCUAUUCUCUACCAUUUCGGCUCAUGGCAGUUUAUUAAAUUCACCCACAUGGCAGGCUUUGGUCUGGCAAGUUCUCUUCCCACUGCUCGACAAUGUUCGGGCCCUCAGUAGUUCGGCUAGCAAUGAGAAAGUCGAUGCCAGUGGCAAUAUUCUGAUACAUCAUUCAAGGAAUACAGCCCAAAAGCAAUGGGCCGAAACACAAGUCCUAACUUUGUCUGGAGUAUGUCGAGUGUUUAACACCAAACGUGAAUUACUCGAGAUGCUGGGUGACUUUGAGCGGGCCUGGUCACUGAUAUUGGAAUUCAUACAAAAUGCAGCACUCAGCAAGAAUGGUGAAGUCUCUUUGGCUGCCUUGAAGUCGCUGCAGGAGAUCAUGUAUCACAACUCAGCAGAGCGAGCCCUCAAAGAUCCACAAAUGGCCCAAGAGCAGGAUAAUGAAAUUUGGACGAUCGCCUGGAAUAUAUGGCUCAACAUUGGCAUGGAGAGCACCAAAAUGUCGACAACAGCACCAAAGCAGCAGACAGGAGCAACUGCUGUCAGCUCCGGCAAUGGAAGCGGAGAUAACCAAGAAGACUACUACAUUCCCAGUCAAGCUUUUCUUACGGCUCUUAUACAAAUCUUUCCCGCGAUUUUUCAACAUAUACAAGUCAGAUUCAGUUCAUCGGACUUUGACAAAUUCUGCACGGUGCUAACCAAUGCAGUUUGCAUACCUGUACAAAGUGAUGCGGUGCCGUAUAUAAUGUCCACUGUAUCGGAUACUCCACUGAUUCCCCUGCAUGAUGGAAUACUUGAUUGUAUGGAACUGAUACAAAAGGAGGCAACCAAACAGAAUUCUGAAAUAAGUCAACUUAUACCCGCCAUUUUUCGCCAAUUGUUAAUAUUCAGUAAAUUUGCUUGUGCCCCGCCUACAUUCCAACAGAAUGUCGAACAUAAAUAUGCCAAAUCCCAAGGACAUUAUACAAAUAAUGCUUCUGUUGAGGUGGUUAGCAUGAAUUAUAUACCAUUUGGCGAGAAGGCCAUAACAAUUUGUGUUAAAUUGUAUCAGAGCACAGCCACUGAAGAGUCUGUGGUGAAUGAACAGAUCCUCCACGAUAUUGUGAAGGCUUUGCGCACGCCUUUGGCUAUGAAAUACAAAUGCCUAUCCUCAAGCACCUGGAAAUUGGCCAUCUCCAGUUUGAUAAGUGUUCUACAUACGGGCUUGAAGGUGGCCAGAGCGAAGCCACAACAUUUUGCCAGUCUUUGGGAUGAUUUGGCCGAUACAUUGGAUAAAUUUCUAUUCCCGGCCAGCGUGUGCACGGUUGAGGAUCGUGGUCUUGAGGAAAUUGUCUUGGAUGAGACCAUUGAUUGUCAGGUGAUUGAGCUUCUGCGCGAUGAGGUCUUGCCACACGCCCAUGAGAUGCCGCAUCAGUUUAUAAUGCAAAUUGUGGUAUUGCUUAAUAAGGGCUCUAUUCACUCGGCUUCCGAUACAAAUAUAUGCUAUGAAUCUGAUUGGAAAUUGCGAGAGAUAUUUGCCAAGACCUGCUUUGAGACUUUGCUGCAAUUCUCCUUGCUAGAGGAUCAGACAAAUACGACGAAUAACAAUCGCCUUAAUGCAAAUCUAUUGCCAGCAACAACAACAACAGGUGGAACUGGAGCUGGUGGUAAAGAUUUUGCUGGUCGUUUGGCUGUGACUGCCUUAUUGCAUCGCUUUCAGGAAGUACUUAAAAGGUUUAACGAUGAUGAGCGACAAAGUGGCAAGUGUCCAUUGCCCAGAUUCCGUUUGUCGGAAAUAUCGUUUGUGCUCAAGGCUAUUGCUACGUUGGUGGUUUCAAUGAAGAAAGCGCCAGCUUCUAAAGUUAAUAAACCAGCCUGGGAUCAAUUGAUUGGUCUGUAUCCCUAUCUGGUUGACUGUACCACAACCACAUCGCCUGAAGUGUCUCGAUCGUUACGUGAGGCAUUGCUUCAAUAUACCGAUCUACUGCAGGCACCACGCCUCCAUGGAGCUCCAUCGUUAAACGCAAAUGAUAAUGCAAUACAAUCGAAUGGACAAGAGUGAAAGAUAUUGAAUAUGCCUUUUCGAAAUGGCUUAUUUAGUUGAUUUUAUUGUCUCUAAUUUGUUUUAGGUUUAUUAAGCAAAACGCCGUUGGAAUAUAUACUUAUAAUUAUUAUUAUUAUAUACAAUAUUUAUUUUGUGCAUAAUUUUUAAAUGUUAUUAAUCUAACCUAUAUAUACAUACAUAUACAUACAUAUAUAUAUACAUAUAUGAAUAUCUAUAUUUGUAAAACUAUUUGUAGUAAUUGAGCUAAAUGAAUAGGAAACAACAAAAACCAUCUGCUUGAUUAUAUACACACAUACAAUAUGAUAUAAUGAGAGAGUAUUAAAUCUUACAAAUAUGUCUAGCUAGCUUGGGCAGAUUCCUUUAGUACCUUUUUGAGAUGCAAAGACAAAGAACUAUAUACAAACAUAACUCCUACAUUAUGUACACUAUUUCUAUUUGUGUAGAGCAUUUUAAUGAAAAAACGAAAAACCAAAAUCUUAUUGUAGACUUUGCGUGUUAUCUAAAAUAAAAAAAAAAAUUACUUAACCAUGAUGCAACCAAACUUUGUAGUGACGUUUUUAAAUAAAGCAACAAUUAUUAUAUUAUUAAAAACGAUAACAUAGACAUUUAUUUAUGGCGUCAUUCACAAAAUGACCUAACCAAACGACAAGUGUCAUUGCAAUCUUAUCGCCGCAUCCGCAAUAGAGUAUAACUAUCUCUGACUAUCUGCUAUCUAACAAUAUGUUUGCUUAAACUAAAUACUUACUUAACAGCCCUGGAAACCAUAUCUUAAAUAAAUUUAUAUAAAUAUGGUAGCUAUAUAUGUUUGCUUCUUUUGUCAAAUAACAACAAAAUUGAAACCAAUUGCUUACAUUGCCAUAUUUCCCAUUACUCACGUAUCCCAGGUGCUAUCAAAUGUUGACAAGAUUAAUAAAUUAAAUUAUAAUAGAAGCGUGCAGCGUAUGAAAGUAACCAUCAUCGUCUGUCUGAAGGGUUUGACUAAAUCAACUUUAUGCAAAAAUUAAGCCCAUGGAUUCUAAACAGUCAUUACAGAUCUCAGAUUCAGCUCGAUUUGUCCACUAUAUCAUAAAGAUAAGAUUGACUAAAUGCAUCAACAUGGAGCCGAACUAUAUAAUAAAGACUAUAUCAAUUUAUAGGCGCAAAAAAUAUAAUUCAUAGAAGAAAAAUUCCAUUUACCCGGCCAAAAGUAUUAGCUUACCCAAUUUUCCUUCACUCGUUUUUGCCUAUCUUAUCGAAAUUUAAACAGUUUAAUCUAAAUAAAAUUUUUAUUUUAAUUUGUA